AGCAUUUAAAUCUCUAAUCUCACAUUCUCAUCUUUCUCACUAGAAAGAAAGAAGACGAAACAGUUCUCUCAACUCUCUCUCUCUCUCUCUCUCUAGCCUCUAGACUGUGUAUAGGUGUCUAAGCAUUUUGGAUCAGAUCGGAGAUGUCGAAUGUUUCCGGCGACGGAGAUGUAUCGGCGAAUGCAACUGAACCAACGACGGCGUCGUAUCCGUCACUGACUGUGUCGGCGUCGUACAAGGAGAGCGGGGGAGGGAAAAGCUCGGCGAAGAGAAGGCCAAUUAGGCCGAGCUUCGACGCAGCGGCCGACAAUGAGUUCAUAACUCAGCUUCAUGGCUCGGAUCCAGUGAAAGUGGAGCUUAAUCGACUUGAGAACGAAGUUAGAGAUAAAGAUCGAGAGUUAGGGGAAGCUCACGCUGAGAUCAAAGCGCUUAGGUUGUCUGAGAGACAGAGAGAGAAAGCUGUUGAAGAGCUUACUGAGGAGCUUGCCAAGCUGGAUGAUAAGCUCAAGUUGACCGAAUCCAUCCUCCAAACCAAAAAUCUAGAAAUCAAGAAAAUCAAUGAGGAGAAGAAAGCAUCAAUGGCUGCUCAGUUUGCUGCUGAAGCCACCUUAAGAAGGGUCCACGCUGCACAAAAAGAUGAUGACAUGCCUCCAAUUGAAGCCAUCCUUGCUCCACUAGAAGCUGAGCUUAAGCUUGCACGCUCAGAGAUUGGGAAGCUUCAAGAAGACAACAGGGCUUUGGACCGUCUGACGAAAUCAAAGGAAGCUGCUUUGCUUGAUGCUGAGAGGACCAUUGAAGGUGCCCUGGCAAAAGCAGCCAUGGUUGAUGAUCUUCAAAAUAAGAAUCAGGAGUUGAUGAAACAAAUAGAGAUCUGUCAGGAAGAAAACAAGAUUCUAGACAAGAUGCACAGACAGAAAGUUGCUGAAGUUGAGAAGCUCACUCAGACAGUACGAGAGCUGGAAGAGGCUGUUCUUGCUGGUGGUGCUGCUGCAAAUGCCGUCAGGGAUUACCAGCGAAAAUUCCAAGAGAUGAAUGAAGAGAGGAAAACUCUAGACCGAGAGCUUGCACGUGCAAAGGUUACAGCAAACAGAGUUGCCACGGUGGUAGCAAACGAAUGGAAAGAUGGUAAUGAUAAGGUGAUGCCUGUUAAGCAAUGGCUUGAAGAAAGAAGGUUCCUACAGGGAGAAAUGCAGCAGCUUCGAGAUAAGCUUGCCAUAACAGACCGAGCUGCUAAAUCCGAAGCUCAGUUAAAAGAAAAGUUUCAACUCCGGCUUAAAGUGCUUGAGGAGACACUUAGAGGAACAUCAAGCAGCAGGAACACACCAGAGGCAAGAAGCAUGAGUAACGGACCCACCUCUCGCAGGCAGUCUCUUGGUGGAUCUGACAACUUACAAAAGUUUCCAUCAAACGGUGCUUUUUCAAAGAAAGCUCCAGUUUCUCAGAUGAGACAUUCCUUGUCUAUAAACUCAACUUCUGUGCUGAAGAAUGCUAAAGGAACAUCCAAGUCAUUUGAUGGAGGAACAAGAUCUUUGGACAGGGGCAAGGCACUCUUAAACGGACCUGGGAAUUAUUCUUUCAACAAGCCUGCUUCUGAUGAUGCCACUAAGGAGCCAGAGUUAGCAGCUAACGGGUGGAAAGAAACUUCGGAGGAGAAGCCACAAAGUGAAAACCCUGCAGCGACUGAGGAUAGUGUCCCAGGUGUUCUGUAUGAUUUGCUGCAGAAAGAAGUAGCGUCUUUGAGGAAAGCAUCUCAUGAAAAAGACCAAAGCCUCAAAGACAAGGAUGAUGCCAUCGAGAUGCUGGCGAAGAAGGUGGAAACAUUAACAAAGGCAAUGGAGGUUGAAGCGAAGAAGAUGAGAAGAGAAGUAUCUGCAAUGGAGAAAGAAGUUGCUGCUAUGCGUGUGGAGAAAGAUCAAGACAACAGAGCUAAAAGGUUUUCAAAUAGCAAGAGCUCAUCCAACACUGCCCAGAUCCUUGCGGCAAGAGCUGCUGGACGAAGCGGAUUAACCAAGAGUAGCCAGUGAGAUAGCAAGUAAAAGAAUCUUUAUAGGGCUCUUGUUAUUUAACUUGUAUUGCCAUAUAACUUAGCAUGCUUAUGAUCCUGAGGGAGGAGCGGAAUGUUGACAUUUUGGAUAACAUAUUCAGUCUCCUUUUCGGAAAGUUGUAGUUUGUGUUUGGGUGUGUAUAGGUUUAGAGAGCCUUUGUAUUGGCUUGAGUUUGUGCAACUCUGAUUCCUUAUUUGUUUGUACUCUACUUUCAGUCUUGGUGUGAUUAUUCGUUUGUAUGUUUGGGUUUGCUGAUAUAUAUGGUUUUAUAUAA